GCUCGUCUAGCGGGAGGCGGCUUCCCUAGACGUGCUGGAAUAGGUGGCCCCAGGAGUUGGGGCGGGGCCACGAGUCGAGCCUGCACGGGCUGACCGGAGGAGCUUGUUGCGGCUGGCUGGCAGGGUGACUGCCUGUGGGUGUUGCACAGCCCGGAGCUCCAGGGCAGGACAUGAGCUCCAGGACCGCCCCGCGGCUCAUGACGCUCCAGAGACACUUGGGCUGGCCACAGGCUGGUGCCAUGGCUACGGAGAGCAGUCCCCUGACUACUCAUGUACUAGACACUGCCUCUGGGCUCCCUGCCCAAGGCCUCUGCCUCCGUUUGUCACGCCUGGAAGCCCCUGGCCAGCAGUGGAUGGAGCUGAGGACAAGCUACACAAACCUGGAUGGUCGCUGUCCUGGGCUCCUGACACCAGGCCAGAUAAAGCCAGGCACCUAUAAGCUGUCCUUCGACACAGAGCGCUACUGGAAAGAGAGGGGUCAGGAGAGCUUUUACCCAUAUGUAGAGACAGGUUCUCAUCUGAGCCCAGACUCCAGAGCACUGGGUGUGUUACUUCGGCAUCACUGAUACAACUUAAGGGCAAAUUAUUUAUUUGGGUUUGUAAUUUCAGCCCAUGAUUGCUCGGCUCCAUGCACUCACCAUGGCGGUGGGAGCAUGUGGAAUAGGAGAGCUGUCACCUCAUGGUAGACAAGAAGCAGAAAGGAACACAAAGAAAGACACAGAUCCCUAGGACACUACCCAGGGACCUUCCUCCAGUGGGGCCCCCUCCAAGUUUCAGUACCUACUAAUGAUGUCAUCCCAUGAUGAAUCCAGUUCAUCACAAGAGAUUAACCAGUUGAUUAGAUCAGAGCCCUCGGGAUCAAAUCCCUUCCCCAAAGCCCACCAACCAGCAACCAAGACCACUACAUCUCCUGUCGGAAACACUGUUCAAACCCUAACAUCAGCCUUACCUAAGUGUCUCC